AUGGGCUCGGUGUAUGCUUUGGCGGUCAACGGGUCCGACAACGGCAUAGCUUCUGCCUCGACUCUUAUUGCCAGUGGUGGUCCUGAGGCGAUUGUCAAUCUGUGGGAUUCUCGGUCAGGCGACCCUGUUACUAAAUUUGUUGGACAUAGUGGAAAUAUCCGAUCGAUUCUGGUGUCUGACGACGGCGAAUGGGUGUUGAGUGGUUCGUCGGAUUCGUCUAUUAAACUGUGGUCAGUAACUUCUUCUCGAUUGUAUCAUACGUUUGACAUGCAUGAUGACUCGGUGUGGUCAUUGUUUUCUCAGGACCCUUCGUUGAAGGUGUUCUAUUCCAGUGAUAGAAGCGGUGUGGUCAUGAAGACAGAUCUAAGAGGAUGUGUUGAGAAGCAUCUGGAUUUCGAUGAGGGUGUGUCGGUCAUGGUUUGUAACGAGCACGAGGGCGUGUCAAAGGUCAUUAGUGCAGGGUCUAAUUUGUGGACUGCUACCUCGAAUUCACGUAUUCACAGAUGGAGGAACGUUAAUACUGGAAUCUAUUCGCUGGGUAAUGGUGUUGGUGAGGUGCCAAUUGAGGAGUCAGCUGAGACAAAUGAGAAGAAGGAGGACGAGACUGCAAAACAAAAUGAUAGUCAGGAUACUGAUAACGAAAAGAAGAAAGAAGAUGGAGAAAAGGACGAGGAAAUCAAGGUGCCAGACAACUCUAUCAAGACGUCGUUCAUCCAAGUGAGUGGUGGCCCAUCAUUACAGUUUGCAGCAGCUGCUGAAGCUCAUAGAACGGCACGAGAAAUAUCUCCAGGAGGUAAAGAACUGGAUGUGGUUGUGCAGCCGGUAUCAGAAAACCCCAUUGAAACGCUUCGUGGUCAUGUUGGACUGAUCAAGCAUCGACUGCUCAACGACAAGAGACGUGUGCUUACUCUUGAUACAGCAGGCGAUGUCAAACUGUGGGACCUGGUGAGAGGUGUAGUAUUGCAGUCGUUUGACCGUACACUUGGUCUUGAUCUCGAUACUCUGGCUGACCAGUUAAACCCAUUGGCGUUUGUUUCAAACUGGUGUCAAGUGUCGGUCAGAACUGGUGAACUGUAUGUAUCAUUAGAGGAGUCUACAUGUUUUGAUGCCGAGGUAUAUUCUGACGAUUUGAUAAUUGACCAUACUGGAAGUGAAGAUGGUUCUGCCGUAAGACAGGAUAUGACGGAUAUUCCUGAAGAUCAUAGAGUCAAUUACGGUAAAUGGGUCAUUACUAAUUUACUACACAAUUUACAGCAGCGACUGUUACAAGACGAAAUUAAACCGUCACCAAAUGGGUCUGCGACCUCGUCGACGUCUGAACCAAAACCAUCAGCACCAAUUGCAGGAUCUAAAGGUACUAAUGGAUAUUCCAGCUCGCCUUAUGACAUUGUACAUAAAGUAGAAGAGCCCGUGGAAACUACUACUAAAGAGACAACUAACAAUGUCAACACAUCUAAUUCGCAAUCGAACUCGAGUGGAGGUGGUAUGUUUGGCAGGUUCAAGGGAUUUGGUAAAUCCAAGAAAGACAAGACUCCAGCUGCUUCUACCAACAAUACCACUACACCAGCAGCAACCACACCACAAGAACCACCAACACCCAAGGCUGUGGAGUAUAAUUCACUUAAUGAUCUGAUUAAAGAUUUGAAAAAGAAGGCCUCUUCGCCGAACCACACCGGAUCGUUGUUCAACCCUCCAUCGUCUACCGACUGUCCUUUUGUAGCAUUCCCCGAACAUACCAAGAUCAUGAUCUCUGAACAGCUGCCCAACUCAGGUGAUACUAUGGAUUUGUAUCGAGGAACGGUGGGUACAGUUGGAACUGACGAAACCAGGCUUCGCGAGGUAGUUCCUGGCUGGAUGGGUAAAGUGCUUCUUGAGAACGAGCUUCCUGUUAAAGAGCCACCUAAAGUCGGGUUUGUUGUUCAACCCGAAGACGAGUCGAAAUCGCCCUCGGUCACUGCUGCAAACAUCCGACUGACAGCUUACCACAUGCUUCGUGCCCGUAAAGUGUUACUCUACGUUGUCGAAAGACUAUCAGCGGACCCCACCAUGUCCGAAACCAUCCAAACACACAAGGGCCAGCAACCUGAAGAAUGGCUCGAACUGUAUUGCCAGGGCCACAAGAUCCCGCCCAAAAUGACCGUCGCCACCAUCCGAACCCGGGUCUGGCGAAGCGGAGGUGACGUCGUGCUCAAGUACCGCAUCGUAUAA